CUAAUGAAAUGUCAAUGUCUAAUGAACAAUGUGAAAUAAAGCGUCAAGUAAUAAAAUAACACAUUCACGCGUUCCAAACUUAUUUUAUGUCGAAAUCCAGUAACUGACACGAUGUUAAAUCCCUGAGUUAUUUUAAAAUAUAUUGUGCUACAGUUUUCAAUACAGAUUGUAUUCAGUGACAAUAUCAUAAUAAUGGCAAGGUCGCCGAAGGAUGAUCCGAGAUUUAGCGACACUGCAUGGAGCUAUCAAUGUGAAACCGGUGAAAAAUGUGGCUUAAAUGAUAUAAAAGGUCCAAUUGCACCUAACGCAAACAUUAUAAACGAGAGUUUAUAUACAAACCCAAAUUUCACCCCUGAUGUUUACAAGAACCAAUACAAUAUGCAAGCGGCAGACUGCGCUCCCAAUAAGGAGGAAAAUAUUCCAUUUAAUGCGAUGCCGAAUAUGAAUCGAAUGCAGCGGCAAAAUUACGGUAACGCAAUGCUUAAUUUAGGCAAUGGUCAACUAGUAAGAGUGUUUUAUGAUGAAAACAAUCAACAGUUGAUUUUCCCUAUGUCUGGUCAGUAUGAAUUGUUUAGUAGUAACCAGGGUCCUUGCGACGUACCAUUGCAGACUGCUCAGCCCCCUCAUAUGUUCACUCUGAACCAAGACUUCACUAUGGGUCAAAAUAAUUUGCAACCUUCAACAGCCACAAUACAAAAUGCUGUUUACAAUCAAGAAGGAAUGACCCAAACCUCAAAUCAACCUACUUCUAACUUCUUAAAGGAAGUAUUAGGCAAUUGGGAGCCUAACUCAAGUGGCACUUAUUCACCAUUUGGACAAAAUUAUCCUUUGAAUCACCCUGAUGCACCCUCCUUAAACAUUUUGCCUCACACCCAUAUCAAUGACAUCAAUACACCAAUUAAACCAGAACAUUCUCCCAAGAGAAAUGAGAACAGUCCGUUAGCUGAUACAAGCACAAAGAAACGCAUAGUAGCAGAAGUAAAACCAAUGCGUCCAAGCUACUCGGCUGUUCUCUCUAAGAACACUAAAACAACUAAUGCAGAAACAAUGAAUAAGAUUAAACCACAGAGUAAUAUAGAAACAAAACCAAGCAACAAACAACAUUCUAAAAAUGAUAAACCCUUGAACAAUAUGAAAAUUCAGAAUAAUGAAAACAAAAAUAGGAAUGACAAGAAACACAGCAACACUAUAUCCUCUGGUAGCGACUCGGGUGAUAUUAAUGCUGAUGAUAAUGAGAAGUGCCAAAAACCAACUAAUAAAAAAUCCAAAAAUAGACGCAACAAUAUGUCUCGUAGAUGGUCAUCAAUGGACGACGUCACUAACGAAGAGGAGCUCACGCCGAACCAAGAAAACGAGAGUCAAUUUGUGUUCAUCAAAAACCAGCCAGAGAAACAGAAAAAGGAGAAAAAAGUUGAGAAGACCAAGAUGAGCGACAAAAAUGUGGAAGAAGAAGACAAAGAUGACGAUGAGAAUACACAAUUUGUACUUCAAGAUGGUCAGAAUGACAUUAAGGCUAAAAAGAAGAAAGAAAUUCGUAGCUACCAUAAAACAAAGCCCGUGCAGGAUAAAAAGAAGACCACACAAACAAAAGUGCGUAGAAAUAAGCCUGGUUAUAUAGGACUCGCUCAAAACUAUUUGGAGCACUGGGGCGGCGCAACCUGGAAAGCACUUGUGUGGUUCCUGUACUUGCUGUCUGAUGUCUGCCACAUGAGCCUUCAUCUUUCUUUUGACUUAUGCACAUCGGUAUUUACGCAGUCAUACGUGAGUUGCCAAACAGUAUGGCGCAGUAGCAAGGAAUGGCUCUCAAAACUUCGCGACAACAAAUAUUUGAUGUACAUUGACAGGAAAUUCGGACACACACGUUUCGCUUUUUGGAGACGACUGAAAUGGUUUAGAAAAGAUAAAGACUGGGACAGUGACAAUGAAUCAAGCAAGCUUAACACCAACAUACCGUUGCCAGCCACAGGAGAAGAAGCAAUGAAAAGAUUACUCGCUUGCCAAGGAAAAGACCCAUAUAGCAUUUUAGGUGUGAGUGAAACGUGUACAGACGAAGAAAUCAAACGCUACUACCGCCGGCAAGCUUUCCUCGUGCAUCCGGAUAAGAACCAGCAGCCCGGUGCCGAAGAGGCCUUCAAAAUAUUGCAACACGCUUUCGACCUUAUUGGAGAGCCGGAGCGUCGCGAGGAAUACGAGCGCAAAGCGCAAGAGUCGCGGCACGUGGAGGCGGCGUGGAGCGAGUUCAGUGACCUCAUCGCGCAGCUGCACGACAAGAUGGAGUUCGCCGCCAAUACUAUCAGAUGCACAAACUGCGGGCGUCGGCACAAGCGCGUGGCGACGGACCGGCCGUGCUACGCGGCGCGGUACUGCGCGCAGUGCAAGAUACGACACUCCGCUAAAGAGGGUGACAUCUGGGCCGAGUCUAGUAUGUGGGGUUUGCUCGUGAUGUACUACGCGUGUAUGGACGGCGCCGUGUACCAAAUAACAGAGUGGGCCACUUGUCAGAAGAAAAACUUGAAGCAACUGCGAGCGGACUGUCACAUAGUGCAGUAUAGGAUCGUGCUCGGGAACAAAGCGGCGGCCGCUGAUGUCAACCAGAGGCCCUCUACUGGACACGAUCCAAAUCUCGAAGAAUUUUUGAACAACCUGUACAACAAGUCCGGUGUAUUUCCCAACACUGCCAACCCGAAACAACCUCCCACCGACACCGCGGAAGCGAAGAAACGACGCAAUAAAAAACCUAAAGCUUAAAAAACAUUAAAAAAAUAAUGGUUUGGCUUGAGCGCGCGAAAUUUAAAUUUAGAAUACAGUUGAAAAGAGACCUGACAUACCCCAUAAAUUAUCUGUGAACAGUUGCCUUUGAUAAAGAAUAUAUAUUGCAGAAAAUAGAUUGUAUUCUAUAUAGUACUAUAUCUCAGAGCGAAAUAUACAAAUUAGCCCUAAAUGUGUUUAACUAUAGAGAAAAGUUCUUAUUUCAACUGCAGUUGCAAUAAUAUUAUAAUCGCAUAUAAUUUUUAUGAAAAAAAGCUAAUAUCAAAAGUGGUUGAUUUUUGGCCUUUUUUCUUUAGUAUUUCAUAAGCCAAUCGAAUAUUGCUAAUCUAUAUCACUUUAAUUGCUUAAAUUUCUUUAUUAUCUUUGUAAUUAUAAUUAUUUCUUACAAAUAACAACAGUUAGUGUGUAUUGAAUAACGUUAUAUACUGUACAAUGUUAACAUAAAGAUCACAUUCAUAUUUUUGAUGCUUAUAAUAUUCUUCAUUUAAAAUAUUUUCAAAUGUUUAUGUAAGUAGCAUAAAGAGGAGUAUUAUUGCUAGAAAUAUUCACUUUGUAAUAAUCAAUUUAUUCAUUAUUAUCAUAAAAAUCACCAUAAUAUUAUAUGUAAAAAACACAGACACAUUGAAAAUCUCUUGAAACGUAAUCAUGCUUCUCUUUAUGAUAAUUUAUAUUUACACCAAAUAGUACAAUGUCGUUUGCAUUCAUAAUAUUUAAAUGUUAAAAUUACCGUGAUCGAGAGGUUGACUUUAUUUUUGUGUGGUAUUCAUUAUAAGCAUAUAAUUUUUAUUAUAAGUCGACACUGAAUGUUGUGAUUUCAAAAAAAUGUUCAUUAGUUUUAUAAAAUACUCGAAGUGAGAUUGAAUACUGCAUUGUCUCAAAUUUGUUAGAGUAUUAAAAAAAAUAAAGCAAUGUCGAUUUAUUAUAAAAUUGAGUGAUUCGGAGCCGCACUGCCUUGAAGAGAUUAUAUUAGGUUAGAGAGAGACCGCUGUACUAAUUCAUUGUGCGUAGGCGUUUGCGCUUCAUAUGUCAAUAAACAUGAAAGCAUA